CGAAUGGAUCUGUGUUCUCAUGGCACACCAGGAUACUCUAGAAGUGACCCCAACCGGGCGCCGUGGAUUUGGGUUAAAUGACCUCUCCGAUCUCUAUCAGCUCUGAUGGAUUUGGCUCUCUAGCGUUUAAAGAUCCCUUUGAGCCCGACGCCAGAGAGAGCGAGCGAGAGAGAGACACAGAGAAGAUGGCCGCGUUCAAGAAUAACUUCUGGGGGGAGAAGAAUGCAGGCUUCGAUGUGCUCUACCACAACAUGAAACAUGGCCAAAUUGCCACCAAGGAGCUGGCAGAGUUUGUACGGGAGAGGGCUGCCAUCGAGGAGACUUACUCGAAGUCCAUGAGCAAGCUGGCUAAGAUGGCCAGCAAUGGAAGUCCCCUGGGUACGUUUGCCCCUCUGUGGGAUGUAUUUCGUGUGUCGUCUGAUAAGUUGGCUCUGUGCCACCUGGAGCUUAUGAGGAAGAUGAACGACCUCAUCCGGGACAUCAACAAGUACGGAGACGAGCAAGUCAAAAUCCACCGCAAGACUAAAGAGGAGGUGGUGGGCACGUUAGAGGCGGUCCAGGCGCUGCAGGUGCAGAGUGGUCAGCUGCAGAAGGCCAGAGAGGCCCAUCACGCGCGCUACCUGGAGAUGGACCGGCUACGCAAGGAGAGCGCGCCGCAGAAAGAGCUGGAGAAGGCGGAGCAGAAGUCCAAGAAGGCAGCGGAGGGGUUUGCCGGUGCGAUUGAGAAGUUCAACCGUGUGGGCGGCGACUUUGAGCAGAAGAUGAGUGACUCAGCGCAGAAGUUUCAGGACAUCGAGGAGGCGUACCUGAAGCAGAUGAAGCAGCUGAUUAAGGGCUAUUCCCAUUCGAUAGAGGACACACACGUGCAGGUCGGACAGGUCCAUGAGGAGUUUAAGCAGAACCUGGAGAACAUUGGCAUUGAGAACCUCAUCCAGAAGUUUACGGACCAGAAGGGCACCGGGAAGGAGAGGCCAGCUCCAGUGUGUUUUGAGGAGUACCUGUCGUCGUCGGUGACGGCUGACAUCGGGAAGAAGAGUCGAGGGAAGGCAUUCCGCAUCCCGGGGCUCGGCAAGAGAGACAAGGAGCCCGACUCCACGGAUUCUGCCGUCACUGAAGCUCCAAACUCUCCUCUGGAGGUGGAUGACGAGGGCUUUGUGAUCAGAGCUGACGGAAAUCAGAACGGCUGCGCUGAUGAGAAGGAAACCAACUUCUACUCCAGCGACUCGGACUUUGACGACGACGAGCCCAAGAAGUUCCACAUCCAGAUCCGGCCGGUGGCCAGCGGUAGCCGUGGCAACACAGCAGCCCACGAACUGGAGCUCAAGGCCACGGUGGGGGCGCUGUCUCUGCCCCCCAACACUGGGGUGUCAGUCAAACGUCAUCUCUCUCGGAACUCCAGCACCACCGGCGGACGCUCAGAGGGGGAGGGGGACGUGCCCCCACAUAGGGAGGGGGAGCAGAGAGGUCUCCGCAGAUCCACCUCUAGUCCUGACCCCAGCAGGUUGACCUCCGCAGUGGCCGGUUCUGACGCCCUGUUUGGACCCCCACUUGAGGCGGCCUUCAAGUCCAGCAGCUUUGCGGGUCAAGAACAGCUGCGGGGCGGCUUUGGAGUGUCUGAAUACGCUGCGUUCUCCUCGGACUCGUCGUCUCCCGAGAACGUGGAGGACUCUGGCCUGGACUCGCCUUCCCAUCAGCCCCUGGGGCCGUCUCCAGAGCCCAGCGGUUGGGCAGCGUGGCCCCCCCCGCCUCCGCCAGCCGCACUGUCUGCUAAAGAGGCGUCGUCUCUGCGCCGCCCCCCCGACCCUUUCCUGUCGGCGUUCCGCGACCCGUCUCCCGCGCGGCCGCCCCUCACGCCGGACGAGGUGUCGGGCAGCGUCUGGGCCGGCGCCGGUCACUCGCCCUGCGUUCCGCCCGAGCUGGACAGCGGCGGCGGAGGAGGAGGAGGAGGAGGAGGAGGAGGAGGAGGAGGAGGAGGAGGGGGCAGUGCCUUCAGCUUCCCGCCGUUCUCGCGGUCGCAGGCGCUGCCGGACGUGGAGGCGACGGUGUGGAACUGCAAGCACGUCCCGCAGGACGACCCCUUCCUGGCCGCGUUUGAGCGCCCGGCCCACCAGGAGGCGCUAGCGCCCCCACAGCAGGACGCCUGGGCCCCCGCCCCUCACCCCCACCCCCACCCCCACCCACACGCCUCCCGAAAGAGCCGCGGCUCCGACCCUUUCUCAGUCCCCCUCAACAAGGACAGCACCAAGACUCUUCCUCCCCCUUCCUCUUCCUCCUCCGCCCGCAAGGACAGGAAACGAGACCGCAGUGUCCCGCCCCCUCUGGAGUCUCCAUUGGACAAUCCCUUCGCCAUCACCAUGAUUGGCAGCCCCACUCACCAGGCAUCUCUAGCGGCAGCGGCUGCAUCAGCCCACGGCAUCAGUAAGCCCCCAUCCGCCCACCCCUCUACUGCCCACUCUUCCAAGAAGGAUCUGCAGCACUGGGGCUCGGUGCACAGCAACCCCUUCAGUGGCCCACAGGGGGCGCCAGGAGGUCCAGAGGGCAACAGGGGGGCCAAGCAGCGAGGGGCCGGCGAGGAGGAGCCGCGCCGCAACGGGCCGCCGCUCACACGGCAUUCUGGGCCGCAGGAGGACCUGUGCUUCUCCACGGACAAGGACCAGGACUGCCUGGACAUGAGCCCCCAGCCCGCACGCAGCCGCAUCCCCCACGCAGUGUCCCAGCACAGUUUCAGACAGGACAGUUCUGAGCUGUUGGUGGCGGCGCCUCCUCAUCGCGUCCGAUCCAAGAGGACGUCUGGCCAGCUGGGAGGGUGUGAGCGUUCCAGGUCGCUCUGCUCCUCCCCCCUGCCUGACCCCUCCCCCACCCUCACCUCCUCCUCCUCCUCCAGCCCCAGCGAAUGGGGGGGCCAGACCAGGGCACCCAGCCCCGCCAGAGUUGGUUUGUCCCGGGGGCCCAGUCCCAUCUCCAUCAGCACGCAGGAGGCCUGGCCCGUCGCCGCGGCGAUCACAGAAUACAUCAACGCCUACUUCAAAGGAGGACAGCACAACCGUUGUCUGGUGAAGAUCACAGGGGACCUGACCAUGUCCUUCCCUGCGGGCAUCACGCGGGUGCUGACGGCCAACCCCAACGCCCCCAUCCUGAGCUUCCGCCUGCUCAACAUCUCACGCCUCGACCACUUCCUGCCCAACCAGAAGCUCCUCUACAGUGACCCCUCCCAGAGUGACCCCGACUUCAGGGACUUGUGGUUCAACAUGCAGGCCUUGACCUUUCACCUCCAGAAGGAGGCGGAGCUAAACCCUCAGGCCUCCUACUACAACGUGGGCCUCCUCAAGUACCAGGUGUCGUCUCAGGACCCUGGCCGCGCCCCCCUGCUCCUGUCGGCGGAGUGCCAACGCAGCGGCACGGUGACCCGCAUCUCCCUCGACUACCACUGUUGCCCGGCAACCGCACCCUCCACCCAGCUCACCGCCGUGCAGGUGCUGCUGCCUCUGGACCACACGGCCACCGACCUGCAGUGCCAACCGGCCGCCACCUGGAAUGCCGAGGAGAGACGUCUGCUGUGGAAGUUGCCCAACCUCUCCCCAACCAAUCACAGCAAAGGUUCUGGAACGCUGUGUGCCAGCUGGCAGUGCCUCGAGGCUCCGCGCGGACCUCCUCCCAGCCUGGCGCUGCAGUUUGUGGGCUGCGGGGCGUCCCUGUCGGGGCUGGACCUGGAGCUGGUGGGCACCCACUACCGCAUGUCCCUGGUGAAGAAGAGGUUCGCCACAGGGAAGUACAUGGCCGGCUGCUCUCUGUGACGUGGACGUGGCUGUGGCGGCGUGGGCACCUGCUAGACUGCUGGG